AUGAAAACGAAACGUUCCACUAGUAAAAUACGUAAUUCUGAACCAAUAGACGAUAUACUACGUCAUGUAGGAACUAAACAAUAUUUAUUUUUGGAAACACAUAUUUGUACAAUUUAUCGAGUAACAUGUGCACCUGGAGAAACAUUUAGUGAAUCAAAAGCAUUAUCAUUAAUAGAAAAAUAUCAUCGUAAAAGACAAGCACAUUGUAAUGCUGGUUUAUUGGAAGAUCGAUUUAGUUUGGAACGUACAAAAACUACUGGAAAAAUACCAUUUCGUCCAUGGGUAUCAUAUAAAGAAAUUAUGCAUUUCUAUGUAAGUCAUUCUAAACCGGAAUUCUUUGCAUUAUGUAUUGAUUCACAACGAAGUUUACAAAAAUAUUAUGAAAUAUACAAAUGUAAAAGUGCAGCAAAUGUUAGAAAAGUUGAAGAAUUAAUGAGACGUGCAAUGAAUGAUCCAGACAAAAAACUACAUGAUGUGAAUGCACUAAGACAAGUAGCGGUGAAAGAUAGUGACCGAAUACGUUCCCUGCCGAAUUUCGAAGAAGAAAAUAUACGUGAUACUAUGGUUGAAGAUAGAUCUCCCUCACCACCAUAUCAGUACCCAUCACCACCACCAGUACGUCAGUUACCUUCUCCUGUGAUGGUAGCCCCUGUAAGACAAGUCCCUGUGUACAAUGCAGCAUCACCUAGCCCAGUAAUUAAUUUUGAACGUUAUAAUGUUGAUGAUCUAGAAAAUGUCACGUAUAUCAAACUGGAUCCUAACAGAGGUCCAAUGAUAGAUAAAGAAGGACCAAUUUAUAUGUUUUUUUCAAGGCAGAAAAACAAUCAAAGUGAACCAAAUCUUUACAAUAAUUAUGUUAAUCAUGAUUCACCAACUUGGAACAGAAGAACUAAAAACUCUAAUGUAAUGUAUUCACCAUGA